AUGUCCCAAAAUAAUAAUAAGCAGGCUCUAAACGUUAAAGAUGCCCUGUCAUAUCUUGAUCAGGUGAAGGUGCAGUUCUCAGAGCAGCCGGAUGUAUACAAUAGGUUCCUUGAUAUAAUGAAGGACUUUAAAAGUCAGACAAUAGACACGCCCGGCGUCAUUGAGCGAGUAUCAACCCUUUUCAAAGGACAUCCUGCUUUGAUACAAGGAUUCAAUACAUUUUUACCUCCUGGGUAUCAUAUUGAGUGUUCAACAAAUCCUCAUGAUCCCGAUUCCAUCCGUGUUACAACACCCAGCGGAACUACAACUACAUCAAUCGGUCCCAUGGAUCCACACCAUGGACCGACACUUUCUACUGUAUCCAAUAUUACAAGUUCAGGAUAUUAUUCAAAUGCUACUUACCCACAUCCUCCACCUCAUUCGUUGAUACCAACUUUACAACCACAUCCUCCGGGUUCUUCUAUGCCAACACAAACAGUUUCUUAUCGUAUGGGUUCUCCUCAGCAAUCUGUAGGACAAUCGGUGGCUCAACAAACUAUUGCACAGGCAGUGCAGUCAGUGGGACUUGGUGUUGCUGAAAAUACUUCUCAGCAGCAAGGUAAAAAGGCACCUGUCGAAUUUAAUCAUGCUAUCAACUAUGUGAAUAAGAUUAAAACCGAUGAUGAAAAUUUUUUUACGUUUAAGAAUCGUUUUUCGACAGAGCCGGACACUUAUAAGCAAUUCUUAGAAAUAUUACAAACCUACCAGAAAGAACAAAAGCCAAUUCAGGAGGUUUACUCUCAAGUUCAAGUGCUUUUUAAAAACGCGCCAGAUCUUCUGGACGAAUUCAAGCAGUUUUUACCCGACACGUCUGGUAAUGUAGCUUCAGGUGGUUUAUUUGGACCUAUUCCUCAAAAUCAUGGUACGCCAAAACAAUCACAUUUAUUACCUGCCAUUUCAGCGAUUGCUAAUAGUGGCUCCGGCCACGGAGCCGCUAGAUUACCGACCGUUAAUUUCCCAUCACAAUCAUCUGUUAAUUUGUCAGUGAACGAUACAUUCAAGAAGGGUUCUAGUAUUGGAUCGACAAACAAUGGGUUGGGGGCUGUGGUUGGUCCAAAUUCUACUGGCUCCUCAAACGUAAACAAGAAAAAAAGAUCAUCUGGGCUUCCCAACUCAGAUCGAAGUCCUAGUCUGAUAUCUAGCAAGUCCAAGAAAUCAAAGUUAUCUCACAAGCCCUCAGGUGAUCAAGUUCAUGCAGGUUCAUCAUCAAUACCAGUUAAACUCGAGUCACAGAAAGUAUUGGAGCCGCAGCCUCUGGCAUCCACUGAAGAGUUAGAAUUCUUUGAGAAAGCCAAGAGGUACAUUUCAAAUAAACAUAGCUAUAACGAAUUCCUUAAGCUCCUGAACUUGUAUAGUCAGCAAAUUUUGGAUGGCCAAUCUUUGCUCAAAUAUAUGGCACCUUUUUUGGGAGGGACGAAUUCCGACUUAUAUGCUUGGUUAAAACAGUUCCUUAAAUUAAACGAGAGAGACGAGAUAGUUCAAAAUACAGCUAAUUCCAGGCCACGUGUUGACUUGGAAGGAUGCAUUUCAUAUGGACCAAGUUAUAGACAAUUACCUGAUUCGGAGGCCAACAUGCCUUGUUCUGGUAGAGAUGAACUAUGUUAUGAAGUACUAAAUGACAAAUGGGUAUCUCAUCCUACGUGGGCUAGCGAAGAGGCCGGAUUUCCAAUCGAAAAAAAGAUUAAUACAAAGUUGACGCCUGAAGAAAAGGCUAAAUUUAAACUCGAACCUGGUCUAGGAGGACAAUCAAUGAUAUAUCAGCGUAUUAUAAAGAAGGUAUAUGACGUAGAAAAAGGUCUUGAAGUCAUUGACGCAUUACAUAAUAAUCCGUGUACUGCCGUUCCGGUAGUACUCAAACGACUUCGUCAAAAAGAUGAAGAAUGGAAACGAGCGAGAAGAGAAUGGAAUAAAAUAUGGAGAGAGAUUGAUGCCAAGAAUUAUUACAAAUCUCUGGACCAUCAGGGAAUAACGUUCAAAAAUGAUGAUAAAAAGGCCUUAACGCCUAAAUAUUUAGUUGCUGAAAUCGAAAAUCUCCGCCGCGAGCCUUCUGACGAAGGUGAGCCUGCUGAAUAUCAGUUCAAAUUCAUUUUUAAAGACUUAGAGGUUUUCAAAGAUGUGGCUCGCAUUCUGUUCGGUUAUAUGGAUCGAUCAUUAACGGUUGCACCGAGCGAUCGUGAAAAGAUCGAACGUUUUUUUAAGACUUUUGUACCAAGCUUUUUUGACCUUUCACCAACUAUGUUCGAUGGCAUAAACCAUGAAGAUUCUGCUAUGUUAGUUGACAAUGAGGAAACAUCGACCAACAUAUCAACUGAUAAUAUUGAUGGGGAACCUUUAAAUACGGAACCAAUAAGUGGAAUGUGGAUUCAGGUUUCAAAAGAAUCUCGUGAAAAUAUUCGAGCCGUUGUUGCUAAUGCUGGAAAUGCGAAGCAGAAAAAAAAGUCAACCCGUCUCGAAACAAUGAAAGAAAGUGCGCAAGAGAUUUCAUCAUCGACAUCUCAAGUUAGGGGACCAAGUGCAGUAGCCACUGAAUUAGGUCUCCUACCAGAUCGUAUUGAUCCCGAUGUUGACAUGGAUUUGAACAGAGGCGAUCCAUAUGCUGUUAUGUUAGAAUUAAUUGAAAAACAGUUUGAUGGAGAUAUGGAAUUGUCAGUUUUUGAGGAAUGCCUUCGAUAUAUAUAUGGCACAAAAGCAUACAUAAUGUUUACUGUGGAUAAACUUGUCCAAAAUAUGACUAAACAAAUGCAAUUAUUAGUGUCAGAUACAAAGUCGAAUACAUUGAUCAACUUGUUUGAGGAUAAUAAAAAAAGACACGACCAAUCAAGCGUUCGAUCUCAUAUAAUGUAUCAAUUACACGCUAAUAGUACUAUUGGAUAUGAUGAGCCAACAUAUCGAAUGGAUUAUGAUAAGGAUGAACGAGCUCUGACAAUAUUGUUAUCAGGGCGUGAUUAUACAUUGGGUAAUGCAGUUUCGUCUGAGGGGAAAUGGGCGUAUUACAUGUAUAGUUACAUGUCGUUGAACCCUACUGAAGGCGUGUCAGCGAAGACGGAGCGACCUUUCCUUAAAAGGAAUUUACCAUCUGUCGAUGUUUCAGAGCAAAUAAUGUCCAAUGUAUUAACUCGAAAUGGUUUGGAAAUCAAAAUUUGUAUUAAUUCAUAUCACGUUUUCUUCGUUAACAAUACUGAAGAUAGUUUUAGAAGAUUGAAUUCUGCAGUACCUACGUCAAAGUUAAAGGAAGAUACUGCUAAACGUAAAAAAACUUGGCGUCGUUGGAUAGAUUCAAAUAAUAGCGAUCAGAUGGAAAUGUAA